AUGGCGCAUGUGAUCUCUCAAGUUGCUGCCCCUGUUCCUCAAACAAUUGACAGAGAGAAAGUAAGUUAAAGAUGUCAUUGUACAUGACGUUUAGGUUUGUCCACUGCUUUUGAGAAUCUUCUUGAAACAAAACGGUCACAAUCAUCUGGGAGAGUUUAGCCGAGGCUCAACACCAUCCAACGAAAUUCAAAUUUACACAUGGUAAGUUCUUUGCACAUUAGUUUUUGUAAAAAGCAAGAUAAGGUUAUCAAAGUUCGUUGUAUAUUUUUAUUUUCCAGGAAAGAUUGUACCCUCAAAGAGUUAGUUACGUUAAUCAAAGAUGUAAAUACAGAUUCGCGAAAGAAGGGAACUGAAUUUGAUUUCAGUGUUGGUAAGUUUUAACCAAUUGUUUUAGUUUUGUUUUUAGUGUAUCCAUCUCGAAACACUGGAAAAUACCAGUCUAAAUCCGUUGGCGUUCUACAGAAUGGAAACCGAGGUGUUGAUGACGCCAAAACCUUGCAAGAAGCUGGCUUUGAGAUUGGAGACUAUAUUGAUGUAGCCAUUUACUCUCCCGUGGAAAGAAGCUACAGGAACGGAGGCAAUGUUAACAGAAGAUCAUCAUUCGACCGUCCUCAACGUCGUUUCAAUUCGUUCAGAGAUUAG